AUGCCAAUUUUAGACAGUAUACCUAAAGUAGACAAAUGUUGUGGGUGUGUGACAGAUCUAAAAACCGCUGCAGCUAUUAUAGUCGUUAUAAGUAUAGUAACAAGUCCAUUAGUAUCUUGGGCGAUCAUACGACAUGCUUACGUUAUUCGAGUGACAUGCGUCGUACAAACAAACUCAUCUCAACCUGAUGUAGUGGACAUUAAUUUUAACAAUGCACUUAGUUUCGGAUUUGGAGCAAAUGCCGGCCUUGGGUCUUCAUGCUUAUCACGCAAUACAACGGACGAGUCAGGUUUGGACAAGGCUAAGUCUAAUUUUGUCCGGUUUGUGAGAUAUAGCGGGUGGAUUGUGCUGUUAGCAGAUGCUGCCUUCCUCUUCAGCAGCGUUAAUUUCCUCAUCAAAAUGUUUAAAAGUGUAGACAAAGAGGCGGCUCUUAUUUUCAUAUUAGCCGGUCUAACGUCAGUGUUGGUUUCAUUCGUGUACGGCAUCUUGUAUGUCUCAGCAUGUGUUUAUGUCGGCAGCGGCUUUCCGAUUUACGAGUUCUUUUUCGUGGGUGUCGAUUUAACAAUGUUUGUAACACGGCUGUAUUUAAUUGUUGUCAUAAGCUCGUACUAUCAACUUUCUCCGCCCACUACCUCGGCAUUCGAUAGAUUAUAUAAGUUCAUGACGUAUUCAAUGCUGACUAUAUAUGGAUAUGUCACAAACGCCACAUCCAUUUGCUUCGGGUGCAAUAAUAUACUGACACUUCGAUGGGAUUAUUCAAAUGGUUACCGAAGGCGGAAAGAUUUUGUUGGUUUAAUAAGUAGUGCCAGCUCAGCAUUAUUAUGCACACCUGUUUGCGAAGAACUCUACAAUGUUUCUAGUCCUGUAAAUCUUCCUGUGAACAUACUGCGAUGGAUUCUUUUUACAUCUGAAAUGCUACUGCUGGCCAGUGCAUUUGCAUUCCUCCUGGGAAUAUUGUGGUGCGCGGUGCGCGGUGCGGGCGCGGCCGGUCGCGGCGGCGGCGUUCGACGGUAUGGAGCUCACUGGGCGGGCGGGGCAUCACACAGCGUGUUGAAUUCGCUCGAAGCGCGCGCCGCUGGUACCAUCCCUCUACUUGGUAUAUAUCUUAUUUCUUCAAUUUGCCUUGCCGAGAGAUUUAUCAACAGCAAGGGGCCAAACGUCAAGUGUGUAUUUUAUGUAUAA